UUGCCUUUCAAAAAAAAGAAAAUUAUAAUAAAACUUUGACAUCAGCGAUCUAACUAACCUAAAAAUGGCAAUUUGAUUGCAUAUUUUAAUUUUUGGAUAAGUUUAAGAAAAUGAGCAUAAUUAUCAAGCAUUGGCGAUCCACCGGUCUGCCAUCGAAUUUCAAUUUAAGAAUAUGGCGUUUGCACUCCACCAAUGCGGACGUUGCUGCGAAAAAGGGAGAGGAAGAAGAAGAGUUUCGAGUGCUUGAUAUCUUAAAGAAAAGAGAUAGAGUGCAGAGGAGAGUCGCGCGGAGGAAUGACGUGCAGCCCGACAGAGCGGAAAGAAUGGCCCCCGACCAAAACUGGGGCAAUGUUUGGCCAGGACCAAAGACAUUUCACCCGUCCUCAGUGCCGCUGCCUCUUCACCAGGGUUAUGUCCCCAAAGGCCAGGCCCCACCUGGAAAAAAAGCCAAUGCUGAGCUGAUGAAGAUACCCAACUUCUUGCAUUUGACACCACCAGUGAUCAAAGCACAGUGCGAGGCCAUUAAACAGUUCUGCACUGAAUGGCCCAAGCAGUUAAACUCUGAAGAAGCAAUCGAGACUCAUUAUCCUGUAGAAAUAAUUUCCUCAGAUUACUGCCAUGCCAGUCCAACGAUUAGGAAUCCACUGUCCAGAAUAGUGACAUUACGGGUCAAACUUUCAACACUGAACUUAGACAAGCAUUCGAGAGACAAAUUCUUGAGAUUAGUCGGUGAUCGGUACGAUGAGCAAACCGACUUGGUCACUAUAACAGCUGAUCGGUGCCCAGUGAAGAAACAGAAUUUGGAGUACGUUGACUAUUUGCUGACAGCUUGCUACCACGAAUCCUUGAAUGUUGAAGAGUGGGAAAAGGACAAAACUGAAGAUGACAUGGAAUAUUACGAUUGGCACAAAAAUGCUUCGAAGAAAAGUCUUGUCCAAUGGUUUUUAAGGACUAACAAUGAAGUUUGUGAUUUGAACGAUGAUGAUUAUGUACAAUAUGAUGUGAGUCAGAUACCUAAUGCUGAAGGAUAUGAAAAAGCUGUCAGCAGUCUGAUGAACGAUGGAGAAAGUGAAGAGACGGUUAAUAAUUAUGCUAUUGCAGUUCGGAAGCUAUUGGGUGUGCCAGAAAAGAAGAUUGUAACUUAAGUCUGUUGUAAUAAAGUAUAUUUAGUUUUAUCAUUUGUGUUUUAUCUAUAUAUUUA